UGUGACGUCAUGUUCCGCAUGGUUGAGUUUCGAUAUAAACUUCUUUCGUUAUGUUGUCACCGCUUCGUGAACUUUUACGAAAUUUAAAAGUUGUUCUUGCCAGUUCAUCACCUCAACGACGUAAAUUGUUGGAGCAAAUUGAACUUUCGUUUGAUAUAUGUGCUUCACCCUAUGACGAAGAAGCAAUUGACAAAACAUCUUUUAAAAACCCCAAAGAUUAUGUGAAGUUGUUGGCACAUGGUAAAGCUUUGGAAGUCGCAAACCAACACAAAGAAUCAACGGAAAAAGUUUUGAUAAUUGGGGCAGAUACCGUAAUUAUUUUUGAGAAUAAAAUUAUUGGGAAACCUCAUACUGCACAAGUUGCUGUCGAAACUUUAAACAAGUUAAGUGGAAAGUCUCACACAGUGUGUACUGGAGUUUCAGUUAUUUUGGUUGAAAAUGGAGAUUUUAGCGAAACUGUUUUUCAUGAAACAACACAGGUGGAGUUCGGAAAACUAUCCAAAGAAAUGGUGCAGAGUUAUGUGGAUACUGGAGAACCAUUAAACAAAGCUGGUGCUUAUGGAAUCCAAGGUCGAGGAGCCAUGUUUGUCCAGAGAAUCGAAGGUUGUUAUAACAAUGUAGUUGGACUUCCAGUUUAUAAGUUGUGCAGUGAACUUACCAAGUUUCUUGAUAAUAAAACUAAAGAGUACAAUACCCACUGUGAUCAUUGAACGCUUGAAGUUGUUGAAUUUACAAUUUUGUGUCUUAUUAAAAAACUGGAAAUGGCAUCUGCCACUUUUUGUGGACAGUCCUCAUGCACUGCAUGGCCACUCUUGGGUAAAACCUGCAUUGCACAGUUGGAAGCUUUAUGUAGAACUUAAAUUAACAAGUAGUGGAUUUGCCAAACCAACCUGCAUUUGAAAUUUUCCUUGCAUUUGUCCAAUGGUGAGUUCUCUAUCCAGUCUAUCAACGGCUUAUAAACAAUAGAAUUAGAGCAUGUUUUGUGCCAAGAAAGCAUGUUUUAUAAACUGUAUAAUCAGAUUAUGGUUUCCUGUUGUGUCAUGGUUGCAGCAAUAUACAUGUUUGCACUUAGCCACGCUGUUAUAUAGUGGUAGCAAAAUGUUGUUUAUGUGUUGUGUCACAAGCCAUUACUGAUACAUAUUUGGAUGGUCAUAAAUAUAAAUACACUAAACAUACAACUGAAA